AUGCUUUCCCAUCGAGCUUUUCCGUCAUUCUCUGCCCCCCAGCUUCGUGGGCAACUGAUUGCUCUUCAAGGCUGCCGGGCGUAUUCCUCUGGCGGUGGCAGUGAAGCCGCCGACCUCGAUGCCGCCCGAGGAUGGUUCCAGCGGUUCAACAAGUCUACAUUGCCUACCAAGAUUGCUACGACUACAUUCGUGCGCUCCUCAGGGCCUGGCGGCCAAAAAACCAACAAGACGAGUUCCAAGGCCAUGACGGUGUGGCCUCUUCACGCUCUUCAGCUUCACGUUCCGAAGGUGCUACAUCAAGGCCUCCGGAGCAGUCGAUUCUACGUUCCCUCCUCGGACUCAAUCAGUAUUCAUUGCGAUACCGCUCGAAACCAGACGAGUAACGAGGAGGAGACUCAUGCCAGGCUUUACGAGGAGAUCACGCAGAUCUACAAGAAGAGGGUACCUGGUAUCACUCCACCGGAGCAGAGGAGAAAGGUUGAGCAAUUGUAA